CGCAUGCGUACACAGCUGCAGCCAAGGAGGUAGAGGAGAGUGGCGCCGGUCUCCUACUGUUUUGAUACUGUGUUUAGUCCCCAGCCAGACCCAGGAGCUCCACACCCACCAGGGAUGCGAGCAGAGGUAGCCACAGAUUACCUGAGGGAGUAGUGACUCUGCCUGCCAGCUAUUCCCACUAGCUUCAGUGUGUCAGAUGGUAACCAGGUCACUAGACACCAAAGCUGUGCCCAUCCCCUGGUUUGUAAUUUGUAGACUGGCUCCCUGGGUUUGUGAUGUGAAGUAGAUAACAUCCCAUUCUGGUUUCACUUAACAGCUGCCAUCAGAUGUCGUCGGGUGAAGCCUGCACACGUGACUUGCUACUGACUGGUCCAGGUCCGGGGGAAGGUUUAGUAGAGGAUGAACCCAUAGCACAAGAGGAACCAUCCUCAGUGGGUCAUUGUCCUCUGCCUUCGGAGCAACUAGAAGACCCACUAGCUCCUAGCACCAGUGAUGCACCAGAUGAAGGAAUUGUGUCUUCACCUGUCAACAGUAUAGACUUAGACAGAGAUUCUCCCCUUGGAGGAGCGCUAGAUGAUGAGGAAGACGGUGGUCCUCCCAGCAUUGAGACUCAACCUCCAGAUGAUCUUGAUGACUUAUCCUGUAUAACUUAUGGAUGGAUAAGGGCUGAUGAGAGUCAGUGCUCUCACCCAGGACUGGGUUACUCCAUGCUAAACAAUGAGCCGCCUGAUAAUGCCGACUCGACAGGUUUGAGUGAGAUGCCAGGGUUAGAGCCGGGAGAUUUUGGUGUUGGUCCUGUGUAUGGUCCCCAUAUGCCAGGAACUUUUAACAGCCCAAUCCAUGAAUCAGGAGCUCUCACUUAUGGUGAUGUAACAGAUGAAAAUGCAGUUGGUGGCAUAUGUGGCCUUCGGAAUUUGGGUAAUACUUGCUUCAUGGCGGCAGGAAUCCAGUGCCUGGUGAAUACACCACCUAUUGCUCAGUACUUCUUCAGCAACUAUCACAGUAAUGUAAAUAACAAGGACUCCCUCGCUGGACAAUUCUCCCAACUAACACACAAGAUCUGGUGCGGCAAAUACUCGUCAUUGAGGCCAGCUGACUUCAAGGAUGCGUUUGGGCAGCAAUGGAGAGAUUUCCGGGAUUAUAGACAACACGACUGUCAAGAGUUUGUCACGCUCCUCCUUGAGACACUGCGCAAGCAAAUGUGCCUGUCUGAUGAUGGUGGGGGGAGCUUAGAUCUGGAUAAUGUCAAGAUUCGGAAGACCAAUAAUGCAACUGUGGACAGCAGUGGAAUUGCCAGCAGCAGCAGUAGCAGUAGUAGUAGCAGUAGCAGCAGCAACAGCAGAAGUAGCAGCAGUUGUACCAGUAGUAGCAACAGACCAAGUGGCAGCAGGGGCAGCCACUCCUGUUCCUCCCCGUCGUCCCCUCAGUCACCUCACUGUCCUACCUCCCCUCAUUCGCCUCAUUGUCCUACCUCCCCUCACUCGCCUCACUGCCCAAACUCUCCGCAGUCACUUCAUUUACUCAAGCAGCCACUAGAACUUCGCAGUGAUCCACAAGAGGAAACUGUUGGUUUAGACAGUGGCGCCGCUUCACCCAAGAGCAGUGUGUCGAGCAGUUCUGUUGAUGCACAUCUUGUCAACCUUAGAUUGCAGCCCAUUCCUGAAGAAGUGCGUGCCCUUAUUCCUACUCAAAUGAAUGUCUCCUGUGAUGACCUCUCUCUCGCAGGGACUACAAGUUGCCACGACGCGGAGAGUGUGACGUCGGAUAUAUCUGAUCCAGCGGAAGUGUGUGGCAGUAGCAGCAUCCGGCGGUACAAUCAGUUGGGAGGAGGCGCAGGUGACCUGUGUGAUAGUUCAGACUGUGAUAUCAGCACCACUCACAACCUGGUGCCCAACAGUGGUCUUCAGACACUACACUGUGAUAGUUCAUCCAGCCUGGAGAAGAAUCACCUUCAUGAAUCUCUACGGCAGGAGAAGAACCAACGCUUGCUAGCUAAUAGACCAGAAAAAACGGAGAAUUGUGAUGUGGAGUUUCCUCAUUCUCAUCUUGUUAAACUAGACGAUAAUAUUAAAGAGUCCAAAACUUCUAAUGUUAAUGUUUCGGUUAAAGAUGAUCCAGCAAAUAACGAACUCUUAUUUAAUUCAGAAAAGUACGGCAAGUUUGAGAAGUCGAGAUUAAAAAAUAGUUUGGACAACUUAGGUAAAUCCGGAACAAAACGUGUUAAAGAAGUGAAUCUGUUCCAUGAUAAAAGAGGAUGUCAGCCAAUGGUGGUUGAAGGAGAAUUUGAUAGUGAAGAACUAGACAACAGGGACGAGCUUGCAAUAAAUAAACGUAUACGUCUGGAGGAGAAAAACGUCCAGUACGAGUUGGAAAAAUACCAGGUGGCGACUGUAGACAGAACUGUGGAUAGUUCUACAUCCACCUCUGAGAGUGAGUUGCACGUUGCUCCGUCACCUUCUGUGUCGUCACACGAACACCGGCAAGCGGAGCUAACGUGGCGAUCUUUUGUUGGUGAUGCCAAGAGUGCUGUUGUUGAAACCUUUUAUGGACAGUUUAAGAGCUCGAUGGUGUGCUCAGCUUGUGGACACAAGUCAGUCAAAUAUGACCCGUUUGGAACCCUUUCUGUGCCUCUCCCAUACGCUAAUCAAAUUCAGAUAUCUGUAGCCUAUGUCCAAAGUUGUGGUGGUGUGCCCACGCGCUACCUCAUUACUCUGUGCAAGGUCUCGUAUGUUAGUGAUCUCAAAGCUGCACUCUGUAAGAUGGUCGGUCUAAAUACCGCAGAACAUCUAGUAACAGCUGAGGUGUUUGACAACCACAUUGCCCGCAUAGUGGAGGAUGGCUACAUGACCAAAUUUCUCAAUUACAAUCUUCGUAGCAUAUACGCCUUCCAGUUGGCUCCUCCACCACCCAGCGUGGAGGAGGAAGCACCCGAGGUAUUAGUGGAGUCAACAUCGGGUGAGGUUGCUGGUACAUCAGAGAAACAAGGCAGCAGUAUCAACAAAACCAUUGGUGCAUGCGGUAGUAGCAGCAGUGGCAGUGGUGGUGGCGGCAGUAGCCAGUGGCGACCUUGUAACAUCUGUCUCGAGGAAAUGUGUCAGACGGAACUGAGGACCCACCACACGUGUGAAGACUGUCUACUCUGUGAUGGCUGUAUUGAGAUGUCAUGUAAACACCACGGCAGAGAGAGCUUACCCUGCCCUGUGUGUCAAGUCUCCCUCACACCUGCUGAUUUAAUACCUGUGGAGAAGAGGAGAAUUGAAAAACCAAAAGCCAGAUUAUUGCGUGUGCCGUUGGUGUUUAGAAUGGACCAAGAGAGUGAUAACAACAACAAGAGAUGUAUGCAGCUCAUGGGUCACCCUGGGCUACUGGCUCUUCCUUCUCGGCUAAGUCCAGCAUCGCUGAUCCGCACCUUGGCAUUCAGAAUACCUCCUGACACCAAUUACUCCCUGUUGUAUGUUGAUGGAAGGGGAUAUAAUUGUUCCCGCUGCCUGUUUUCUUCACAUUGUCGUGGUUGUGAAGUACUGGGUGGGUCUGAGGUUAUUCUGCAGGCCGGUGAUACACUGUGUGUUCGCUUCACAAGUCUCACUCCUGCUCAGUGCCACAUCUUGGCCUCAACCAUUGAUCACCCCACUCUGAAGGAUAUGCGGCAAAAUGUGCCUCUCACUUUGUAUGAUUGCUUACGAGCCUUCACACAAAGUGAGACCUUAGAGGAGACUGACUCGUGGUUCUGCCCCAAGUGUGAGCGUAAACAACCGGCUACAAAGACCAUAUCUGUGUGGCGUUACCCUCCCUACCUCAUCAUUCAUUUGGAGCGGUUUUUGUUUCAUGGAACAAUGAGCACAAAGUUGGAUGACAAGGUGAUCUUCCCUCUUGAUGGCUUAGAUGUAUCAGACUAUGUGGCAAGUGAAAACGGCUCUCGCAAGAUGUACAACCUUUAUGCUUACGUCUGUCACACGGGUGUUGCUCAGGCUGGCCACUACACAGCCUUUGCACGUAGUCCAGUAACGGGAGAAUGGCAUUAUUUUAAUGAUGACUCGGUAACACGGCAGAAGCCCCGGGAAGAGGAAUACUCCACAGCAUAUCUGCUCUUCUACCACAGACAAGGCACAAAAUUUGACUUGAACCUGCCACAAGACUUUGGUUGUGUGGAUUCUGGAAUACCUAAACAUAUGGGAGAGUGUGAGGAAGAGAUGGCUUGUAGCAGUGGUACCAGCACAAGUAACUUCACAGGACCACGCCCCUCUUUGGCAGACAGUGGUGUUGAGGUCGUAGAGGAGAGUUCCGGACAACAACCUGUUUUCCAGAUAAACAAGAUAAUUGAUAACCUCAGUGAAACUUGUAAAAAUGACAGUUCAAUGGAAGAAUGAGAAUAUUGGGUAACAUUGCCAGUAAGUAUGGUGCUGUGUUAUAACCUUGUAUAAGAGUGCUGGAUAACAGUGCCAGUUAGCAUGGUGCUGUGUUAAUAGAAAUAAAGUGUCAUGGAGCCAGGACUAGAUUACCAUCAUGUGAACAGUAUGUUAUCAUUCAGACUUAUCACUAGCUUAGGUAAUGUCAGGGAGAGACCGGUCCUCAAUAUAGAAUAAAGACUUUAAUUUUGUGUAUUGGUAUACAUUUGUUUAAUCAGAUAUGAGACCUAGGUUAAUGGGUGUUAAGAUAGAAUAAUUAAAAAAAAUAAUGAUUAGCACAUGCAAAUAAUAUUUCUUUUAAGGGUGCACUGAACAUUAUGGGUUUAUACAGAAGGUGAAAUAUAAAAAAAAAUAAUUUAUAAGGAAGCUCUGUUAAUGAGUGAUUACAGUCCUCACAGAGCUGCCUGGUGCAUGUAACAUCUUUGUUCACUACUACACAGAAAAUGUGUCAAUAAAAUGGCUUGUUCCUCUUCUGUGAUUGUGAUAAGAGUAAUAUUCUCAGUUUGGCAGAAGAUAUUACUGGAUUCAUAUUUUAAGAUUGUAGCAAAUAUUUCUUUAUAAACUCGUCUCAUUUAUUUAUAGAGAAUUAAUUGGAUGAGGGUAAAUUAAAAAUGUUCCAAAAGUGAUUUGAUUUCUUCUAGAUAAUUUUCCUUUGUGUUGUAUACUCUUGUCUUUCACGUAUAUAUUGUGGAGCUUUAAUUACAUAUGUAUUUACAUUAUUUAUUACUGAUUUUCUAGUGUAAAUUAGAAUUGAAAAUGAAAGAUUCUGCUCACAUGAGAGCAAAAUGUUGGGCUCUGGUCCCAACCCAGUAGAGUGAUGAGGUGAGAGAGUGCAAUGGUCUGUUCAACAAAAUACUGAGUGCUAACUUUAACUGUAAGUAAAACUUUUUAUAUAUAGUA